AUGUCGUGCUCGGCGGCGGCGGGCGCCGAGGCCGCCGCUCUCCUGUUCCGCAGCCCCGCUCUGUCCACGAUCGCCGGGCGACACCGCCUCGCCGUGUCCCGCUGGACUCCGCGCCGAAACCUCAGGACUGGCGUGCAACCUCAUCAGAGGAGUACACCGAGUGCUAACCAUCGUAACAGGGUUAGCAUUCAGAGAGAUAGAGCAGCAGCUUCUAUUGAUGAAGAACAGCAACAGAAGUCUGUCGAUGAAAAUGAACUACUAAACAUUCAACUGGAAGAUUUGGUAGGAAUGAUACAAAAUACCCAGAAGAAUAUAUUGCUUCUGAAUCAAGCUCGUCUUCAAGCAUUGGGACAUGCUGACAAAAUUCUUAAAGAGAAGGAAGCUUUGCAACAGAAGAUAAACAUUUUAGAGAUGAAACUAUCAGAAACAGGUACACAAUCUGUGCUUUCUAGUGAAGCGAAGUCUGAUGCAGAGGGUCUGGAGUUUGAUGUCGUAAAGGAAGAGAAUGUGCUACUGAAGGAUGACAUGAAUUUUCUAAAAGCAAAGCUUAUUGAGAUAACUGAGACAGAGGAGAGUCUAUUCAAGUUGGAGAAAGAGCGUGCUCUUUUAGAUGGUUCCCUUAGGGAGCUCGAGUGUACAUUCAUUUCUGCCCAAUCUGAUAUGUUGAAACUUGGUCCUCAGCAACAAGAUGCCUGGUGGGAGAAAGUAGAAAAUUUGGAAGACUUGCUUGAUUCCACAGCAAACCAAGUGGAGCAUGCUGCUCUGACGCUAGAUGGUUAUCGUGAUUUCCAUGAUAAGGUUGAGAAACUAAAAGCAUCAUUGGGAGCAACAAACAUAUCAAAGUUCUGUCUUUAUUUAGUUGAUAUUUUGCAGCAAAGGGUAAAAUCAGUAGAAGAGCGCUUUCAAGCAUGUAAUCAUGAAAUGCAUUCACAAAUUGAACUUUAUGAACACUCAAUAGUGGAGUUUCAAGAUACUCUCAGCAAACUAAUAAACGAAAGUGAGAAAAAGUCAAUGGAGCAUUAUGCAGAAGGCAUGCCAUCGGAGUUCUGGAGUAGGAUCUCUCUUCUGAUUGAUGGGUGGUCGCUUGAGAAGAAAAUAUCCAUCAACGAUGCAAGCAUGUUGAGAGAAAUGGCUUGGAAAAGGGAUAAUCGCCUUCGGGAAGCUUACUUGUCAUCCAGAGGAAUGGAAGAGAGGGAACUGAUAGAUAAUUUCCUAAAGAUGGCACUACCAGGAACAAGUUCUGGUUUGCACAUUGUCCACAUAGCAGCUGAGAUGGCUCCUGUUGCAAAGGUUGGUGGUCUGGCAGAUGUGAUCUCUGGUCUUGGGAAGGCACUUCAAAAAAAAGGGCACCUAGUAGAGAUUAUUCUUCCCAAAUAUGAUUGCAUGCAGCAUAACCAAAUCAAUAAUCUUAAGGUUCUAGAUGUUGUGGUGAAGUCUUACUUCGAAGGAAAUAUGUUUGCGAACAAGAUAUGGACUGGGACAGUUGAAGGUCUUCCUGUCUACUUUAUUGAGCCGCAACAUCCAGGUAAGUUCUUCUGGAGGGCGCAAUACUACGGAGAGCAUGAUGACUUCAAGCGUUUUUCCUACUUUAGCCGUGUUGCACUGGAAUUGCUGUACCAAUCCGGGAAGAAAGUUGACAUAAUUCACUGUCAUGACUGGCAGACUGCAUUUGUUGCACCUCUUUAUUGGGAUGUUUAUGCAAAUCUGGGCUUCAACUCAGCUAGAAUUUGUUUUACCUGUCACAAUUUUGAAUAUCAAGGAGUUGCUCCAGCUCAAGAUUUAGCAUAUUGUGGCCUUGAUGUUGAUCACCUGGAUAGACCAGACAGAAUGCGGGAUAAUUCACAUGGCAGAAUAAAUGUUGUUAAGGGUGCAAUUGUGUAUUCCAACAUUGUCACAACUGUAUCACCAACAUAUGCUCAAGAGGUGUGCUCAGAGGGUGGGCGUGGGCUCCAAGAUACACUCAAAGUGCACUCCAAGAAAUUUGUUGGAAUACUUAAUGGCAUCGACACAGAUACUUGGAAUCCAUCUACAGAUAGGUUUCUCAAGGUUCAAUACAGUGCUAAUGAUCUAUAUGGAAAGUCAGCAAACAAAGCAGCUCUCAGGAAGCAGUUGAAGCUGUCUUCCACACAUGCUUCCCGGCCACUAGUUGGUUGCAUUACGAGGCUAGUUCCUCAAAAGGGUGUACAUCUUAUCAGGCAUGCAAUAUAUAAAACAGCUGAGUUGGGUGGACAAUUUGUUCUGUUGGGUUCAAGUCCAGUACAGCAUAUCCAGAGAGAGUUUGAGGGUAUUGUGGACCAAUUUCAGAACAACAACAAUGUCAGGCUGCUUUUGAAGUAUGAUGAUGCUCUGUCACAUAUGAUUUUUGCAGCAUCAGACAUGUUCAUUGUUCCUUCUAUGUUUGAACCAUGUGGCCUCACUCAGAUGAUAGCUAUGCGAUAUGGUUCUGUGCCAAUUGUUCGGAGAACUGGUGGUUUGAAUGACAGUGUAUUUGAUUUUGACGAUGAAACGAUACCCAUGGAGCUGCGAAAUGGCUUCACCUUUUUGAAGGCUGAUGAGCAGGGUUUUGAUAGUGCCCUGGAAAGAGCUUUCAACUACUACCAUAGAAAACCUGAAGUUUGGAAACAGUUGGUGCAGAAAGACAUGAAGAUAGAUUUCAGCUGGGAUACUUCAGCUUCCCAAUACGAAGAAAUCUAUCAGAGAGCAGCGGCUCGAGCCAGGGCAGCAGCGUAA